AUGCAGCGUUACAAUAACCUGAAUGAAGAAUUGCAGGCACAAAAGAUGUUUCAAAUUCAAGCUGAAAGUACUCACGAUGCUAUUGAAACUGAAUCUUUUAUGCGCGAAAAUGCUCAGAAAUCUGAAAUUUCUGAUCUUAAAACGAGGCUAAUGGAAGCACAUAAAAGAAUUGCUACAUUAGAAAUGGAAUUGGGUUACACCUCUUCUGAAGAGAUUGUAAAUGCACCAGCUUUGAACUCGAGACUAAAUUCACAGAAAUCGAUUGGUUCUUCUCAAAAUUUCAACUACGACAAACAUUUGCUCGACCAAAGUCCGAAUAUUUUGGUAAAACUAAACGAUUUUGAGGAAAGGUCAGAUAUUUCAGAUCUUGAAGAGCAAGGAAAUGAGAUUGAAGCAUUGAAGUAUCAAAUAAAUGAUAGUAAUCGGUACUUGGAAGCAACAAAUGAACUGGAAGUUCCUAAACGGGAAUCUACUCAGGACUAUCUUAGACGAGAUGAAACCUUUCAGGAAUGUACUGAUCACUCCUCUGAAAUCCCUCCAAUGCUUGAUGAAAUUAUUCAACAGUUGCAAGCAGUUCUUUCAUACUUCCAAUCAGAAGUAAAUUGCAAUAAAUACAUUGAGUUAUUUAAUGAGUUACAGAGCUCGCUAUAUUCUGGAUUUGAUAUCUGUGAGAUCAUCAGAAAUCUUCUUGUUCACUUCGAAAGAAUUCGAAAGAUACACAAGUCACUCAUUCCGACAGAUGGGCGAACUUUCUCUCUUAGUCCUGACAACAAUGAAAAGAAUGAUAUUUCCUCAAUGACCACAACAAUAGGAAAUCUUAGAAGUGAUUUAAUAGAAAUAGAUGAUGAUGAUAGUACCUCAGAUUUAUCAGCCAUUGAAUCAAAAAAUAGAAAAAUUAUUGAUCAAGUUACUCUUGCUAUGGCGAAAAUUCAGGACGUUGUUGACGACUCCUCUGUUAGAGCCGCUACAGAAGUCCUAACUGCUCUUGCUAAUGGAGGAUAUGGGGACUGCAAGGCAAUUGCUAAGUAUGACAAAGAUCGACGUCUUCCGAAACUAUUGACCAGAACCAGAAAUCGGGAUCCAUCUAUCGGCACACAGACAGAUAAGACAUGUCAGGAAGAGUAUUUAGAUCCGCCUCGUUUACCAAGCGAUUCAGAUUUCCAAGUCAUUCUCACCCGCUUUGUUGAUGUCAUGGCUCGAAUGCAUAUCCUGGCUUUCGACUUGGAGGCAAAUGAAAAUCAUAUUCAACCUCAGCUCGCGAGUUCGGGAGGAAUCGUUGCCAAUAGUGAAGAUGGGCAGAAAAGCUUUUCUGAAUGGACUCAAAAAGCUCAUACAUGGUUCCAAAAGUUUAUCCAUGGUCUUCGGAAUGUCUCAUUGUUAACCGAGGUGGAAGCAGAUCUAGUAUCCCUUGAAAGUGAAUUCGUUAGCAACUAUUCAGCCCUUUAUGCGAACCUCAAAAUAUUAAACGACAGGCGGACUCUUGAUAUCAUCGAACGUAAAUGCAAUGAUUUAGAAACCUUGAAUAAUGAGUUAGAGAGUGUGCGAGCCGAACUAUCUAAUAAAUUGGAAAUGGAACGUCAAGAACGCGAAAAAGAGGUUGGGGAGCUUCGUUCUACUUGUGAUCAAUUGAAGAGCGAUCUUAAUCAUUCGAAAGAGAUGGAAAAUGACUUAAAGGAGCGACUGACAGAUACUAAUGGAUACAUCAAGAACCUGUCGGGAGAACUCGAUAAGUCUAAUGAGAUGGUCACAAAUCUUCAAAAUCGCUUAGAUAAAUCCGAGACUGAGCUAUCAUUCCACCAAUCUGAAUUGCAUAAGCUAAAAUCAAGAGCGAAACAACUCCUAAAGAUUGAUUUUACUGAUGUUCAAUCAGUACAAACCAUUUUUGAUAGCUUCGAGAAUGAGAUAAAGACGCAAAUCCAAAUUGCAGAGCAGAAGAGAAAAGAAGAUGAAGAAGAGAGGAUUUGCAAUCUAAAAGAGUCGUACGAAAGUAAGAUUAAUGAUUUGAAGAAUGAAUUGUGCAAAGUGGUUGAGGUGGGUCAUUUUUUUGCCGAAGAAAACCUAAAAAAUGGUUCCUCUCGUGAAAAGAUAUUAAUCUCAGAGUUGAAGGCAAAAACUGCUGAGUCAGAUCAUCUGCGUGAGGGUAUAUGCGCUCUCCAGAAUGAAGUUGACAUUUUACGCCAUAAAUGCGCAUGUACUAAACGAACAGUUGGCGAAGAACUAGUGAAACGUGCUAAGAAGUAUCCAGAGCUGAAGGUCAUUGCCAAUGAUCUUAAAUUACGUCUUGUUAAAAACGCUGAACUUUUAGAGCACUCUGUUGCUGAAGCAAAACGCCUGCGUAAAAUAAUUCAUGCCAAUGACUCCAAAUCUAAUGAACUUCUCGAAGAGUUAGAACGUCUCCGAGCGAUAAUUUUAACUACUUGGUUUUCUGGAGAUCUUGCGAAUGCUCAAAUUCUUUGCUUGCAAUGCUUAGAGGGUCUACGCUACAACCCCAGAUUUCCGCAUUUGGCUGCUUGUCUCUACUAUCUGGCCCUUUGUGCAAAGGACGGUAACAGUACAGAAUAUGCCGACGAUGUAAUAGAGUGCUUGCAAAACAAGUGCAACGCCAAUGCCUUCAAAUUCAAUCUCCCUUGGCCUUUAUUGGAAUCGUUCAAUGGAACGUCGAAAAGUGAGUCAUGCUCUUCAUUACUACCUAAUAAUGCAUACUAG